AGCAAAACAAAAAUUGAAACUCAACACCUAUCUUUCUUUCUUUUCUCGGUUGAAAUAAAAAUGCUUUCUACUGAAUCUGAAAUAGAGACCAGGCCUAAUCUUUUGGUGCCGUUGCAUGAACAUCCUUUAUCAUGUACAGAAGAAUUUAUCUAUUCUUGCGAUUUUUGUAAUAGUCGAAAUGGCAUUGCCUAUCAGUGCACGGAGUGCGGCUAUCGGCUGCACAAAGACUGUAUCCAGGGCUUUCUCAGCUAUCCAUCUCCGUGCGGUCACUCUCUCAAGAUCUCCAUGCCCAACAAAUCACCUCAAUAUGCAAAUGACCGAUGCCAUUUUUGUCUGUGCAAGCUUAAGACUCCGUUUGCUCGUUGCACGGUGUGCAACAUAAACAUUAGUCCACUUUGUAUGGUAAAGCAACCACCACUCACUAUUUGUAACCCAAAGCACCACAAGCAUAGCCUCACCCUCUUGGUAAGGUUAGUCAUCUUUACUUGUAAUGCAUGUGGUGUGGAAGGCGACCGCAAUCCUUAUGUAUGUCUUCAAUGCAAUCUGAUGGUCCACAAAGACUGUAUUGAGAAUCUACCGCGAGUCAUAUGCAUCAAUCGGCACGAUCAUCGCAUCUUUCAUACUUUCCAUCUUGGUCAACGAGAAGAACAUUGGGAGUGUGGAGUUUGUCGGAAGACGGUUGAUUGGGUAUAUGGAGCUUUUAAAUGCUCUCGUUGUCCUAAUUACGCCGUUCAUUCAAGAUGUGCAACGAAAAAGGAAGUGUGGGAUGGGAUCGAACUUGAAGAUGUACCCGAGGAGGAGGAAGAAGUCGAAGAACCAUUUGUGGUAAUUAAUGAAAAAGAGAUCAUUCAUUUUAGUCAUGAAGAACAUGUUCUCAGAUUGGAUGAGAAUUAUGUUACGGAUAAUGUUAACAUGCGUUGCAGAGGUUGCGUUCUUGCCAUCAACGGUGAUUCCUGCUACAAAUGCGUGGAAUGUGAUUAUAUUCUUCACAAAGCAUGUGCUAGUCUUCCUCGGAAGAAGCGACAUUUGUUGCAUAAUCAUAAACUCACUCUACAGGUUGACGAGGCUGCAUCUUCAGAUUUUGUGUGUACAGCUUGUAGAACGUAUUCUAAUGGUUUCAGGUACAAGUGUUUCGAAGGUUGCGAAGAUGAUGUUGUGUAUGAUGUUCGGUGUAGUUCCGUAUCGGAACCAUUUCAGCAUGAUCUGCAUCCACAUCCCUUAUAUUGGACAUUGGAAAGUUCCAAACGAUGUCAAGCUUGUGGCACGGAAACUGAUGAUAAUCUCUUAAAUUGUACGGUUUGUGAUGAUUACGCAUUAUGCAUGAAGUGUGCCACUUUACCAAGAAAGGUAAAACAUAGGUGUGAUGAUCAUUUUCUGUCACUAUGUCAAGGUGUGGGAAACGCAAGCGGCAACUUGUGGUGUGAUAUUUGUGAGACCAAGACAGAUCCAAAUGUAUGUUACUAUACAUGUGAAGAAUGUGGGCUUAGUCUCCAUCUUAAUUGUGUUCUUGGUGAUUUUUAUUAUGUUAAGGUAAUUCCUGAUCAGCCGAAAGUAUUUGCCAACAAUGGGGUUACUCGACUUUUUUGCGGCGUUUGUGAAGUUCGUUGCAAGUUUCCCUUCAUCAUGUGGGGAGCUGUAGGAGACUUUACUGGCUACGUUUGUUCGAUUAACUGUGUAUUCCCAAAAGCGGAUAAAUAAUAGGGUAGCCAUGAAAGUAUUAUACAAAUUUGUGAAGGCAUUCGAUAUGUUUCCAAGAUGCUGCAAGAAGCUAUAUUUGUUGGCAUUUAAGCCU